CGAAACUGUUCGACCAAAUUUCUGCCCAAAUCGGCGAUUAGCAGACUUCAUCAUUGGUAGAGAGUACCCUAAGGACGAAUCUGUGGUCCCGUCGCCUUCAAAAUCCAAGGAAAACGGCAUUUCCAAAAAAUCGCCCGAAAUCGGUGAUGGUACCCCUUUGGAAACUGCCAAAAAUUGCCCCGGAAAUAUUCCGCCCGAAUCGGUGUUUAAUAGACUUAUCCAUCCCUAAAGAAUAGCCUCAGCCUGAAUUCGUGAUCCGUAGCCUUCAAAAUCCAAGCAAAACGGCCUUUCGAAAAUAUCGCCGAAAAAUUACGAAAAUGCCCCCCGAAACUGUUCGACCAAAUUUCUGCCCAAAUCGGCGAUUAGCAAACUUCAUCAUUGGUAGAGAGUACCCUAAGGACGAAUCUGUGGUCCCGUCGCCUUCAAAAUCCAAGGAAAACGGCAUUUCCAAAAAAUCGCCCGAAAUCGGUGAUGGUACCCCUUUGGAAACUGCCAAAAAUUGCCCCGGAAAUAUUCCGCCCGAAUCGGUGUUUAAUAGACUUAUCCAUCCCUAAAGAAUAGCCUCAGCCUGAAUUCGUGAUCCGUAGCCUUCAAAAUCCAAGCAAAACGGCCUUUCGAAAAUAUCGCCGAAAAUUUACGAAAAUGCCCCCCGAAACUGUUCGACCAAAUUUCUGCCCAAAUCGGCGAUUAGCAGACUUCACAUUGGUAGAGAGUACCGUAAGGACGAAUCUGUGGUCUGUCGCCUUCAAAAUCCAAGGAAAACGGCAUUUCCAAAAAAUCGCCCGAAAUCGGUGAUGGUACCCCUUUGGAAACUGCCAAAAAUUGCCCCGGAAAUAUUCCGCCAGAAUCGGUGUUUAAUAGACUUAUCCAUCCCUAAAGAAUAGCCUCAGCCUGAAUUCGUGAUCCGUAGCCUUCAAAAUCCAAGCAAAACGGCCUUUCGAAAAUAUCGCCGAAAAAUUACGAAAAUGCCCCCGAAACUGUUCGACCAAAUUUCUGCCCAAAUCUGCGAUUAGCAGACUUCAUCAUUGGUAGAGAGUACCCUAAGGACGAAUCUGUGGUCCCGUCGCCUUCAAAAUCCAAGGAAAACGGCAUUUCCAAAAAAUCGCCCGAAAUCGGUGAUGGUACCCCUUUGGAAACUGCCAAAAAUUGCCCCGGAAAUAUUCCGCCCGAAUCGGUGUUUAAUAGACUUAUCCAUCCCUAAAGAAUAGCCUCAGCCUGAAUUCGUGAUCCGUAGCCUUCAAAAUCCAAGCAAAACGGCCUUUCGAAAAUAUCGCCGAAAAAUUACGAAAAUGCCCCCCGAAACUGUUCGACCAAAUUUCUGCCCAAAUCGGCGAUUAACAGACUUCAUCAUUGGUAGAGAGUACCCUAAGGACGAAUCUGUGGUCCGUCGCCUUCAAAAUCCAAGGAAAACGGCAUUUCCAAAAAAUCGCCCGAAAUCGGUGAUGGGUACGCUUUGGAAACUGCCAAAAAUUGCCCCGGAAAUAUUCCGCCCGAAUCGGUGUUUAAUAGACUUAUCCAUCCCUAAAGAAUAGCCUCAGCCUGAAUUCGUGAUCCGUAGCCUUCAAAAUCCAAGCAAAACGGCCUUUCGAAAAUAUCGCCGAAAAAUUACGAAAAUGCCCCCCGAAACUGUUCGACCAAAUUUCUGCCCAAAUCGGCGAUUAGCAGACUUCAUCAUUGGUAGAGAGUACCCUAAGGACGAAUCUGUGGUCCCGUCGCCUUCAAAAUCCAAGGAAAACGGCAUUUCCAAAAAAUCGCCCGAAAUCGGUGAUGGUACCCCUUUGGAAACUGCCAAAAAUUGCCCCGGAAAUAUUCCGCCCGAAUCGGUGUUUAAUAGACUUAUCCAUCCCUAAAGAAUAGCCUCAGCCUGAAUUCGUGAUCCGUAGCCUUCAAAAUCCAAGCAAAACGGCCUUUCGAAAAUAUCGCCGAAAAAUUACGAAAAUGCCCCCCGAAACUGUUCGACCAAAUUUCUGCCCAAAUCGGCGAUUAGCAGACUUCAUCAUUGGUAGAGAUUACCCUAAGGACGAAUCUGUGGUCCCGUCGCCUUCAAAAUCCAAGGAAAACGGCAUUUCCAAAAAAUCUCCCGAAAUCGGUGAUGGUACCCCUUUGGAAACUGCCAAAAAUUGCCCCGAAAAUAUUCCGCCCGAAUCGGUGUUUAAUAGACUUAUCCAUCCCUAAAGAAUAGCCUCAGCCUGAAUUCGUGAUCCGUAGCCUUCAAAAUCCAAGCAAAACGGCCUUUCGAAAAUAUCGCCGAAAAAUUACGAAAAUGCCCCCCGAAACUGUUCGACCAAAUUUCUGCCCAAAUCGGCGAUUAGCAGACUUCAUCAUUGGUAGAGAGUACCCUAAGGACGAAUCUGUGGUCCCGUCGCCUUCAAAAUCCAAGGAAAACGGCAUUUCCAAAAAAUCUCCCGAAAUCGGUGAUGGUACCCCUUUGGAAACUGCCAAAAAUUGCCCCGGAAAUAUUCCGCCCGAAUCGGUGUUUAAUAGACUUAUCCAUCCCUAAAGAAUAGCCUCAGCCUGAAUUCGUGAUCCGUAGCCUUCAAAAUCCAAGCAAAACGGCCUUUCGAAAAUAUCGCCGAAAAAUUACGAAAAUGCCCCCCGAAACUGUUCGACCAAAUUUCUGCCCAAAUCGGCGAUUAUCAGACUUCAUCAUUGGUAGAGAGUACCCUAAGGACGAAUCUGUGGUCCCGUCGCCUUCAAAAUCCAAGGAAAACGGCAUUUCCAAAAAAUCGCCCGAAAUCGGUGAUGGUACCCCUUUGGAAACUGCCAAAAAUUGCCCCGGAAAUAUUCCGCCCGAAUCGGUGUUUAAUAGACUUAUCCAUCCCUAAAGAAUAGCCUCAGCCUGAAUUCGUGAUCCGUAGCCUUCAAAAUCCAAGCAAAACGGCCUUUCGAAAAUAUCGCCGAAAAAUUACGAAAAUGCCCCCCCGAAACUGUUCGACCAAAUUUCUGCCCAAAUCGGCGAUUAGCAGACUUCAUCAUUGGUAGAGAGUACCCUAAGGACGAAUCUGUGGUGCGUCGCCUUCAAAAUCCAAGGAAAACGGCAUUUCCAAAAAAUCGCCGGAAAUCGGUGAUGGUACCCCUUUGGAAACUGCCAAAAAUUGCCCCGGAAAUAUUCCGCCCGAAUCGGUGUUUAAUAGACUUAUCCAUCCCUAAAGAAUAGCCUCAGCCUGAAUUCGUGAUCCGUAGCCUUCAAAAUCCAAGCAAAACGGCCUUUCGAAAAUAUCGCCGAAAAAUUACGAAAAUGCCCCCCGAAACUGUUCGUCCAGAUUUCUGCCCAAAUCGGCGAUUAGCAGACUUCAACAUUGGUAGAGAGUACCCUAAGGACGAAUCUGUGGUCCGUCGCCUUCAAAAUCCAAGGAAAACGGCAUUUCCAAAAAAUCGCCCGAAAUCGGUGAUGGUACGUACCCCUUUGGAAACUGCCAAAAAUUGCCCCGGAAAUAUUCCGCCCGAAUCGGUGUUUAAUAGACUUAUACAUCCCUAAAGAAUAGCCUCAGCCUGAAUUCGUGAUCCGUAGAUUUCAAAAUCCAUGCAAAACGGCCUUUCGAAAAUAUCGCCGAAAAAUUACUAAAAUGCCUCCCGAAACUGUUCGACCAAAUUUCUGCCCAAAUCGGCGAUUAGCAGACUUCAUCAUUGGUAGAGAGUACCCUAAGGACGAAUCUGUGGUCCGUCGCCUUCAAAAUCCAAGGAAAACGGCAUUUCCAAAAAAUCGCCCGAAAUCGGUGAUGGUACCCCUUUGGAAACUGCCAAAAAUUGCCCCGGAAAUAUUCCGCCCGAAUCGGUGUUUAAUAGACUUAUCCAUCCCUA